AUGUGGCCAAUACCAAUGAUCGUCGGGGUCGCCAUCGUGGGUGGGUUUGCCAUGCUCGCGAUAGGCAUUGUCGUGGCUGUCAAAAUUGAACGCCGAAGAAACCGCCAGAUCCUACGGUCUCACGGAUUGACCAGAGGUCUUAGCACAUAUCACCGACCAAAGCUCAGCGUCAGCGAAGAGAAUUAUUCAAAUAUUGCCCUACCGACGGCGCCUUUGAGGCGGAGUGUGCAGCUAACCAACGGAUCCAGUGUAUUGGAGUCGACGUAUAUGGCAUCUGGAGGCAACGACAUUCGAGAACCAAGCCUCAUGAGGAACUCAGCCAGUAGAGCUACGGGUCCGGCUCUUCGAAAGGAGCCGACCCAAAACCGACCUUUUAGCGGACAAAACCUCUACAUUCCAAAGACCCGGAGACGAAAAAAACUCAGAAAGGCCAUUGCAAUGAACCAAGCUCAGCAGUCUCCCCUGUCAGUCAUUACUGAGUUCAUGGAUUCGAAAAGCCGCGUAUCCUCCAUCGUGGCCCAACUACCUAAUGGGGCUAUGAACAUUGACCACCAAAAUGAAACCGGACCGUCAAUCCAAUGGCCACUGCCAAACGGGAAGAGAAGCUCUGGGAUACGUACACCUACGGAAGUUGCUUCCAUACCAGCGAGAACCAGUGUUCUGAGGAGAGUGGGGGCCGUCGCAAAUAGACCCGGUUGCGAUUUGCCAUUCCAGGCUGUCCCACGAUCCCAAAGUUUGAGCAGUACUGCUUCCUCUGCCCCAGACGAUCCGCUCCCACCUUUGCCCACGAUAGAGUCUUAUCAACAGUCGAAAACACAGGACCUUAGAACCAGAGCAUCAAACACAAGCCUUGAUACCGUUGGAAGUUCAGUUCUCGGCACAAUCAUGAGCUCUCCGUCUAAUGUUGGCAGAGACCUGACUGCCCUUUGCGCAGGAUUAGAUGCUGGAAUCUCCACUUUUGACUUCGAUCUUAAACAGAAACUCUCGACACCAACGCUUCAAUGGCCCUCUGUCAAGCGGACUAUCCAUGGCCUUUCCCAAAGUAAAUCGAGUAUUCGCUCUUUCCAUCCCAGUGUUGAUAUGGGUGGUUCAAGUCCUGAAUCCGUUGGAGAUUAUUUCAGCCCCCGACAACCUCGUCAUAUCAAUUUGAGUGAGGAUUCUCUCGAAGUCAUCGAUGCUAGUACAUGGGAGAACUUCUUGCCAUUACGAGUAAGUAAAAACCGCUCCGAGGUCACCAAACGUCAAAGACAUUCGAUGUACGAGCGUUCUAAAAUUCUAGAAUGGCGAGCUGCGAGCGAUUCUGUGAUUUCUACGGCGCUGCACCGUCGUUUGUCCACAGAAAGCCCGAUUGUAAGACCUGCUUCUGUAGCGACUACGAAUCUCUCGGUAUGGGAGAAUCGAGGGAAACAGGUGGCCAAACGCCGCUCUUUCACAUCUCUGCAUGGCCACAAAAGGUGUCAUCGGCGCCAAAAUUGUAUUCGAAUCACCAACUUGCCCAACUUGGACAAAGCAUUCAAGCAAAGCAGAGUUAGUUCAAUGCCUCAAGUUCAAGAGGAACAACCACCACCCAAGCCAACGUUGCGAGUCAGACCAACACCAAGUGAUCUCCGAAUCUCACCUACCACAGCACCGUCCCCAUUCAGAAAUCCUCCACUAUUGACUCCAUCGACUCGACCAGCCCAGUGGCAAACAAUACAUCCACCAAGUAGUGUGUCAUCGGGGACUCCUCGUCCAGAUUCAGACGUGUUCAAUUCAACACAUGUACAAAUUGUUGCAUCCAGCGACUAUACACAUGCAUCCCCACGUCGUUGGCCCCUUUCACCGAUUGCGGUAAGCAAUCAACGAUUCAACGAUUCGCCCAGUCCUGUUCUGAAGUCAGAGUGCCAACCAUAUGGGUCACCAAUAUUACCUUCUCCAGCAUUCAACGCUUCUUCAUUAUAUCCCAGAAAAUCGUUGGUCAAAGGUCCCCGCAAUCCCAGGGGCUCAGCUCAACAUUUCAAACCACAUUGCGCGAGUCCAUUACAACACAAGCAAGGCAAUUGCUACAGAAUUUCAAAAGUCAGAGAUUCUUAUAAUGGAGAGAUUGAUCUACGGAAGUCAGUCAUGAUGCUUCGUAGUAUGAAUUCCGAAGGAUAUCUUGAUGAUCAAAGUCGGAAAAGCUAUCGCAAUGUGGGCGAUACUGGGGUGGAAAAUAGUAGCAUGGAAUCUCUCAAGUUAGCUACCCGGCCAAUGAACAAGCGCGUCAAUGGUCUUCGAAAUUCGAGCUGCGCCUCCUCCAUCAUCGCAGUCUCGCCUACCCCGGACAGGCAAAUUCGUGGACCAAGUUCACUGAGUUACGGGCUCAACUCAAAGUCCAACCGAGCCAGGAAUGGCCUAGUCAGCAAUCCGCUGUUGAGGACACAUUGUCUGGACCCUGCCAGCAUGUCAGCAUCGCCAUCCGCAAUGUCGAUUGGUGCCAUCUCAAUAUGGGAAGACGCCAGUGUCCGUGCUGAUAGCCCUGAA